UUCUUUUACUGAUAUUAGCAGACGGAAGUGCAGUGGGUGUAAAUAUGACUGUACCUCAGUUUUCUGCUGUGUCCUAUGCACCGACUCACUUGAGCUAUGAAAAGAAUUCUUUUCUUCUGAAUGGAUCGAUGCAAUAUUUUAAGUGCUUUGGGGAUUAUACUAAGAACACCUGUCUCCUUAAUAGGAGUUUGUAAUCCUAAAAGAUACCCUAAAAGAAAUGUAAAACUCCACGGAAAUUUUCUUUUAAUUGUGCUUUUUCUUUUAAGCAUGGAAACAAUUGAAUUGUAAUACCAUGUUUCCUGAUGAUUCUGAUUAACUCUGUGAAGAGUUUGUGUAACCCAAAUGUGGAGUAGAGUGAUAUUGUGUCAUACAGUGGAGUAAUGGAAUGGAACAAUUGGAAUUAUGAACAAAUUUCCACUCAGAGAAGAUCCUGAUCGAAUUUUGUGCAGGUGGAGCAGUAGAUGCAGUAAUGUUGGAGCUGGAAAGGCCAUUAACGGAGCCGCAGAUCAAAGUGGUGUGCAGGCAGACACUGGAAGCGUUGAACUACUUGCAUGAAAAUAAGAUCAUCCACAGAGAUCUAAAAGCUGGCAAUAUUCUUUUCACAUUGGAUGGAGACAUUAAACUGGCGGAUUUUGGAGUAUCAGCUAAAAACACAAGAACCAUACAAAGAAGGGAUUCUUUUAUCGGCACACCGUAUUGGAUGGCUCCAGAAGUAGUAAUGUGUGAGACAUCUAAAGACAGGCCUUACGAUUAUAAGGCUGACAUUUGGUCUCUUGGCAUUACUUUAAUUGAAAUGGCUCAAAUAGAGCCACCUCACCAUGAAUUGAAUCCAAUGCGAGUGCUCCUGAAAAUAGCAAAAUCUGACCCACCUACAUUAGCACAGCCUUCAAAAUGGUCAUCGGAUUUUAAAGACUUUCUGAAGAAAUGUUUGGAAAAGAAUGUCGAUGCAAGGUGGAGUGCAACCCAACUCCUACAGCAUCCAUUUGUUACCGUUACUUCCAAUAAACCGAUAAGAGAAUUGAUUGCAGAAGCUAAGGCAGAAGUUACGGAAGAAGUGGAAGAUGGUAAAGAUGAGGAUGAAGAAGAGGAAACAGACAAUUCUCUGCAGUUACCUGCAGACAAGCGUGCAUCUUCUGACCUUAGCAUUGCCAGCUCUGAAGAGGAUAAGCUUUCACAGAAUGCCUCUGUUCUGGAAUCUCUUUCUGAGAAAACAGAAAGUAAUGCAAUUGAGGAGAAAAGCAACGCCAUCUUUCCAGAUGAUAAAACAAUUGAAGAUGACUCUCAGGACAUUAAAAUUAGGAAAACAGCUGAAAGCAUACCUGAUGGUGUUGGCGGUGAUAUCAAAGUGCAGAAUGGUUCUGUGCCGACAGGUGAAGUUGAACAAGGCAAAAUAUUGCUAAUUGAAAAGAAUACAGAAAGGCUGGAAGAAACAGCUGAAGACACAGAACCUCAGAAAGGAAGGAAAGAACUUAAUGCUGUAACAAAAUCAGAAAUAAAGGAUGAACACAACUUAAAAACAGAGGAAGAAAAUGCCAUAGGAAAUGCCAUAGGAAAUGAACAAAGAGAGGAAGAUGAACUGCAAGUUGUACCUAGAGUUGAUGAUGGUGUGGAAACUGGAGAAGCUGUUUCUGGGGAAACAGGUGAAAAAGAAGAGGAAAUCAGAACAGAUCUCUCAGAGAGUGAGAAUGAAAAGGUCAGUGCAGAAAAUAUCAUAGAGCAAAAGGAAGAUGAAGAGGAAGCUCAAAAAGAGGCAAUAAUAGACAUCACUACAGACUCUGUGCCUAGUGCUGAGGAUAAAGUGUCAGAUGAAGAAAAGGAACUCAUAAAGCAUGGAAUUGAAAACAUUAAGGAGAUAGGUGGUAUUGCUGAAACACAGAUCAGCGAUGGGGAUAAAAUACCUGAGACGUCGGAUAAGCCAGUGGAAAGUCAGGCUAAGCAGGUCCUUGAGAUAAUCAGCUCUGAAGAAACUCCAUCAGAAAGCCAAGAUAAAGAGAUCAAAGUAGAGAAGAAGCUGGCAGAAAGUGAAAAUGAGAAUAUCUGUAAAAUAAGUAGCACGGAGGAAAUGGAGAGCAAAGACUCCGGAGAAGAUGACGUAGGCCAGAAGGCAAUACAGGACAAACCUGAGGGUAUUUCUAAUAAAAUGAUGGAUGAACAGACUGAGAUGGACCAGAAUCCAGAACGCAGAGCUGAGAAUAUCCAGGAAAACAAUAUUCAAACAGAAAAAGAGCAACCAGAAGUUUCUCCUGAUGAAGUAAUGAAGAAUAAGCUUCAAGGCGCUACCGACGAACAAGCUGAUGAUUCUGAACUCACGCCAGUCCCCAGUAUUAGUAUUAGCACUGAAGAAAGUAAUGAAAAGGUCAAAAUGGAUAAUCAAGACAGUACUGAAACGUUACAGCAGCUGGAAUCUGAGAACCUGAAGGAAAAUGAUGCAGAUUCAGGCACAGGUUCUACAGCUGAUAACAGCAGCAUUGAUUUGAACUUGUCAAUUUCUAGUUUCCUUAGUAAAAACAAGGAGACAGGAUCAAUAUCUUUACAGGAGACAAGGAGACAGAAGAAAACUUUAAAGAAAACUCGGAAGUUUGUUGUUGAUGGAGUAGAAGUGAGUGUAACCACAUCCAAAAUAGUGACCGAAAAUGACUCCAAAAGUGAAGAAAUGAGAUUUUUGCGGCGUCAGGAGCUGAGAGAGCUGAGGCUUCUUCAGAAAGAGGAGCAGAGAGCCCAACAGCAGCUCAGCAACAAGCUCCUGCAGCAGCGGGAGCAGAUGUACAGGCGUUUUGAGCAGGAGAUGACAGGUAAGAAGCGGCAAUACGACCAGGAAAUAGAGAACCUGGAGAAGCAGCAGAAGCAGACAAUAGAGCGCUUAGAGCAGGAGCACACGAAUCGGUUACGGGAUGAAGCGAAGCGCAUCAAAGCUGAGCAGGAAAAAGAGCUGUCCAAAUUCCAGAACAUGCUGAAGAACAAGAAGAAGGAGGUUUUUUGUGAAGUGGAGAAAGCACCAAAAGAGCUGAGAAAAGAGCUCCUGAAACGCAGGAAAGAGGAGCUUUCACAAAGCCAGCAUGCUCAGGAGCAGGAGUUUGUGCAGAAGCAGCAACAAGAACUGGAUGCAUCUCUUAAGAAAAUCAUUCAGCAGCAAAAGACAGAACUAGCCACCAUUGAACGAGAUUGCCUCAACAGCAAACAGCAGCUCAUGAGAGCUCGCGAAGCUGCGAUCUGGGAGCUGGAGGAACGACAUCUACAAGAGAAACACCAACUCCUCAAACAGCAACUCAAGGAUCAGUACUUCAUGCAGAGGCAUCAGCUGCUUAAGAGGCAUGAAAAGGAAACGGAACAAAUGCAGAGAUACAACCAACGCCUUAUUGAAGAGUUAAAGAACAAGCAAACUCAGGAAAGAGCCAGGCUGCCUAAGAUCCAGCGAAGUGAAGCAAAGACUCGAAUGGCUAUGUUUAAGAAAAGUUUAAGAAUUAAUUCAUUAGCCUCUCCAGAUCAAGAUCGUGAAAAAAUUAAGCAGUUUGCAAUCCAAGAAGAAAAGAGGCAGAAAAAUGAAAGACUGGCGCAGCAUCAGAAACAUGAAAAUCAAAUGCGGGACCUUCAGUUGCAGUGUGAAGCAAACAUCAGAGAACUGCAUCAGCUACAGAAUGAAAAAUGCCAUCUACUGGUUGAACACGAGACUCAGAAGCUCAAAGAGCUGGAUGAAGAGCACAGCCAAGAACUGAAGGAAUGGAGAGAGAAACUGAGACCGAGAAAAAAGACUCUGGAAGAAGAAUUUGCCAGAAAACUGCAGGAACAGGAAGUUUUCUUUAAAAUGACUGGAGAAUCCGAAUGCCUUAACCCUUCCACACAAAGCCGCAUUUCCAAAUUCUAUCCAAUCCCCAGCCUUCACUCAACUGGGUCAUAACUCUGGGAACUGCUGCAGGUUUUUCAUAUCUGGAAUUGUUUGUUUCUUCAUCCCCAUCGUCUAACAUGAUCUAAUUGCAGCGUGCAUUAAAGGACCUUGGCGCUUUUUGUUUUCGGUGGAGGCAAUCAGUGUCACGAUCACUUUUUUAUUAUUAUUAUUAUUUCUUUGAAUGGAAGAAAAGAGAAAAGGAGUUGCUGCAUAGCGGUAAUGUGACGUCCUUCAGAUGUUUCAAGAACACGUUGUUGUUUUUUUUAUCUCGGUCUCAAAGUAAGUUAUCCGUGGUUUUGACUUAAAGAAAGUCUAGAACAGGAAUUGUAAUAUUUCUCAUCACAAAAAAAAAUGUUUAUGUGAAUUUUUAAACAGUGUAAUAUUAGUUACGCUACUGUGUUCUUAAGUGUCUCAUUUCUACACAAGAUGAGUUCCAUAACUGAAACUGCCCUGAAGGGUUUAAAACGUUACAGUCUUGAGCAAUGCUCUCAGAGCAAGGACUGAAGCUGAUGACUCAGAGCAUGCCAAUAACCAAAAAAACGAUCCCCUGUGCUUACACCACUGGUAACAGUAAAAGCCUUUGCAGCUUCUUUAAAAGAGAAACCUCCGGUGUAAAUUAAACUGAGCUGAUCUCCAUUAUGUGUUUUGUCCAUCAGUUCUGUAAUGAAACGGGGUGCUAGUUUAAUUAAGACAGUGCCUGAAACACUUUGGUAUGCUAAUCCUGGUCACAGGGUGUUUUGUCAUCUAAAAACAAAGCAAAUACUCCAUUGCAUCGCUGUUACUGUACAAAACAGAAGAUUUCUUGCUGCUACUGCCAUUUUUGUUGUAAAUCCUCACCCUAAAAUAUUUUGCACUAAAAUAUGUAAAGGUGAAAGAAAUGCUAACUUUAAAAUACACGGUUUAUUAAUUUCCUUAGCUAUUACAGGUGGUUAUUUCUACAAAUGGAAAACCUGUAGAAUGUAUUUUUUAGAAAGCAGUGUGCACAAUGCACGUGUUCUCUCUAACCAUACCUGGAAAGGGUAGAGCCAUCUUUCUGUUCUCACCAAAGCCUGUUUGUUUAAACUCCAUCAGAGCAUGGAGGUGGUUGGUCAUAUUCACAGGUAACCAUGGCGGAGUCUGAUUUGAUGACAAGUGUCGGAGUUGGUUGUUUUGUUGUUGUUGUUUUAGUCCUUUUAUUUUAUAGAAAGAUUUAAGUUAAAUAUAUAGACAGAAUUCUUAAUGAAGCUGUUUUUCUUUGUUGUUGGGUUGUUGUUUUUUUUUUUUUUUUUGGCUUUUGUGUUGCCACGUACUAACAUAGAUGGUUUUUAUUUUUCAAGUUGAUAGAUGUACAAUAAGUUAUUUACCUGACUGGUCUGCAGUGGAAAAAAAGUCUGAAAUGUUUCUUAUAUAGUUGGUAGGGAAAUAAAAGUGUAUUGGGUCACUUUUACUGCACUCCUUUUGGUGGCAGUCAUAGCGAGACAGUACUGUAAACUGUACUUUGUAUUUGUAAAAUAGUGUUUCCUGUUAUUUGAGGCCUAACUUCCGAUUCUCUUGGGGCAUCAUCUGCAACAUUUGUUUUGCUGGCUCGCAUUAAAUGCACGGCUGGUGAACGUCAUACGGUGUUCAUUUCAUGGGAACAGAACUGAUGCAUGUGAAUGAACUCUUGACAUAGGAAUUGAAUCAGAUGCGGUUGAAAACUUGGAUGCUGAAAUGUCUGGAUGCUGAAGCUCUGCUUUGUCAUUGAAGACACUUAAAAUUUACAGCACAGUAUCAACAGUUGGAAAAUGCAUGUUUUAAUUUAAAUUUUGUAACUUUUUGAUAGCGUAAUUACUUUAUUAGCUAGCCCUAAUUUCUGGCAUUUUAUUAGAUAAAAGCGUAUCGUGUACGGUUGUAAAUUCACAAACCAUAUCUCUGGAAUGUUAUCCGUUGCAAAACACAGAGUUCUUUAAGUUGUUUCUUCAGUAGGGUGAAAUAUGGCUCUGGCCUUUACUUUCUAAGCUCCACCAUCAUAAAUUGACUCACUAAAAUCAGCAGGUAAUCCUCAUCUCUGUAUUUAAAAACUUGUUUGCAGUUUUGUACGCAGUAGGCUCUGUGACUUAUCUGGGGGAUAGACGUGGCAAGCAGAUCUCCCAUUCUGGGUUCCCUCUGCCUUUAUCCACAUUAAAUUCUCAGAGACAUGUUAAUCUUCUUCCAUUGCUGGCAGUCCCAGUGAUCACUUAGCAGUUACCUCUGUCUAAAUCUUUAACUCGAAGAUCCUUUUCACGCAUGCUCAUGCAAUCUGAUCUCAAGUGUAAAUUGUACAAACAAGUAACAGUUCUGUGUUGGAGGAAGGGACUGAAUGUAGUGAUUGCAGCCCUAUUGAGUCCUUGGCCAGGGCUGGAGUCAUAGGGUGCUGGUGAGCAGCUGCAGUCUUGUGAACUGUGCUGGGAUUUGAUGUCUGGUGUGAAAAUACAUUUGUUCUGGGAUAGCAGGAGCUAACAUAGGUACUCACACAUUUAAACUGAUAAAACUGUCGUUGCCAGUAUUGGGCAAUGUGAAAGAGAAGGUGUACGCUAUUAUGUCAAUGCCAGAAAAUCCAGUUUAAGUGAAUUUAGACCCACGUAGGCUCGGAAGAGCUCUUCUGAGAUAUAAAAUCCAAUCUCUCUACUAUUUUAUCACAUAAUCCCUUUAGUAACUGUUAGAAGUUCAGUCUCAAAGGAAAUUGGGUGUAUUUUCCUUAGCCAGAACAAUGUACUUGCUUGCUGAGUUCUUGGCAGAUCUUGUAUUUCCUACAAACCCUUCAGAAGACAAGCAAAUAUUGUGAUCACCUUUGUUUUACUACUCUGGCUGCUCUGAAAGUAAUGCCUCUCAUUUAUUUCCAUGGAAACUACAACAGAUACAGCUCUAUUUGAUAGAGCAAGCUCUCAGAUGCAAUGUACUGAUUCUCAGUAUAGUCACCACCAUCAGCUGUCAUUUACACCAGCAAUGACCAAGAGCCUGUAGGCCAUGCUUAUAAAAUUCCACAUGGCUGCCCACGAUAGGGCUUGUCUUCCCUGUUGCUGCUGCCACUGCUGAAACACCCCACCCCCCACCUCACUGUGCCCACAGCCGCUGUUUGGUCUCCAUGAAUGUCACUGGGUGCCAUUUUUUCUGUAAGGGGGAACUCACCAACACACCUUUGCUUCGCCCACACUUCCAUGUCAGACCCAUUCUCUCAGACUGCCCCUCUGCUGCCCAAUGCAGAUUUGUGCAGUCUCCUCAUUUACUGGAGCUCUGCCGUUUGUGGCAUCCUGUAAUUCUCCACCAAUGCAGCCAUUAGCAUUUACAAUCCCAUAUUUUACUUCACGAUCUGUACUUCUGGAUCUCAGAAAAACUUCCUUGUGUUGACGUGUCCACACAUGUUCCUGUUCCCUGACUUCUAACAGGAGCUUCAUAGCAGAUUCAGAAUGAUGAAUUGGUUAAUUCUUGGGGAGAAUUAACCUUAAUUCCCAGACAAGCUGAGGCUGCCCUGGCACGUUUCUUAGUCUUACAAAAAAUGAGAACAGGUAAAAGGAGGGAAAAAGAAACUUCUUAGCAUUUCUCUUGCUAGAAAGGGGAUGUUGUUUGCAGACCUUUUAGUUCUCUAUUCCCUUCCUCUCACUUUAGUCCUCAUCCUUUCUGUAACUGCUGCACUUCCUGCAUAAGAGCAGUUGGGGGCUCUGGAGAAAGCAGAAGAACUCUUAAUUAAAAUGUGCUUAAAACCAGCUAAUGAGCAAUAGGCCCAACUGUGCUAAAAGCAGACAGGAGGUACUGAGCCCUAAGAUGCUCUCAAUUCCCAAAAUCUUUUUCAGUUUCCAUGCUAGGUAAAGCCUCUUUCUUAAAGAUUAUCAGAUAGGCUGAGAAUGGUGGAAAGAACAGAAACCAGAAGGAGAAAGCUGCUGAACUGUCAUGCCCCCAGUCUCUGUAAGAAAGCCAAGCAGAGCGCUGUUGUGUAAUAAAACCUCGUACUCCAGGGCAUCUCCAAGCUCACGUUGUCCCAGAAGUUUGAUGAAUGUUUUGUGUUAACAAACCAAGUCGUUUUGCCUUACAGGAAGCAACCAAAUAACAUGAGAUGGAUGAAUAAUUGGCAAAGGAUCUCUGUAUGUUUAGCUCAUGGAAAUGAGCUUGCAGUAGCAGCCAUACAACAGUUUUGGUUGUUGGUUUUUUUUUUGUUGUUGUUCUUGUUUUUAAAAGUAAUUUGAUUUCAUGGCUUUCUGUAGAAUAUUGUAAUAAUUCUGCUGUAAAUACAAUAAAAAUCACAGUUUGCUGA